AUGGUGUUUUUUAAGCUUCAGUGUGUUCUAGUUUGCCUCGUUUUGUUUAUGGAAGCAGGAUUAUCAGAGGAUUAUCAGGUACAUCUUGGCAACAACAUUCUUUUACAGAGAGUAAAACGUCAAAGCAAACCAACCAAACCAGUGCUGAAGGUGACAGAGUACCACGUGAGGUGUUCAGUGGUCUCCAGAUAUGCCGUGACCACAGUCCAGAGUUCAGUGUGGAAUCAGCUCCCCAUCACCAAGGAGGCAGCCUUUGAGGUGGACCUACCUUCUUCUGCUUUCAUCUCCAACUUCAGCAUAACCUCCAAUGGGAAGGUGUAUGUGGCCCAGGUGAAGGAAAGAACUGCGGCCAGGAGAAUUUACGAUGCUGCUAAGAAGCAAGGAAAAGCAGCCGGACUUGUUGCCACCAAAGAAAGGGAAAUAGAGAAGUUUCGAGUGGCAGUGAGCGUGCCAUCAGGAACUCAGAUAUCCUUCCUGCUGUCCUACGAAGAGUUGCUGGCUCGUCGACUCGGCUCUUAUGAGCUCAGUUUGGGUCUGAGGCCUGGACAACUUGUGCAGAACCUCACGUUAGAUGUUAGUAUAACAGAAAGGACAGGCAUUAGUUUCAUUAAGGUCCUUCCUCUGAAGACAAGUCGACUCCUCUCCAACACUGCUCAAGGUGAUAACCUGCCUCCCGUCUCCACUCAUGUUGAGCAGAGCACCAACUGUGCCAGAGUUUACUACAGUCCGACUCCUCAGCAGCAAAGCAGCACCUCAUCCAAGGGUCUGUAUGCUGAUUUUGUCAUUCAGUAUGAUGUGGACCAUAAAGACCCCAUGGGUGAUGUCCAGGUGUAUGAUGGCUAUUUUGUACAUUAUUUUGCACCACGAGGACUUCCAGUGGUUCCUAAAGAUGUUAUAUUUGUCAUUGACGUUAGUGGCUCCAUGAUCGGCACCAAGAUAAAGCAGACCAAACAGGCCAUGACCACCAUUCUCGGAGACCUUAGAGAAGGAGACCACUUCAACAUUGUCACCUUUUCAGACAAGGUUCACACUUGGAAGAAAGGCCGAACAGUGCGAGCAACUCGGCAGAACGUACGGGAAGCCAAAGAGUUUGUGAGGAGGAUAAUUGCAGGAGGAUGGACCAAUAUCAAUGCAGCUCUGCUUUCAGCUGCCCAGCUUGUCAACCCUUCAUCUUCUGGAUCCUCCAGCCCGCUCACAUCUCAUCGUGUCCCUCUGGUCAUUUUUCUUACUGAUGGGGAAGCAACUAUCGGAGUGACAUCUGGUGACACCAUUCUAAGUAACACCAGGAAAGCACUGGGCUUGGCCUCUCUGUUUGGCCUCGCCUUUGGAGACGAUGCAGACUUUGUUCUCCUAAAACGCCUGGCUCUGGAGAACCGAGGUAUAGCUAGGAUGGUAUAUGAAGAUGCAGAUGCUGCCUUGCAGCUGAAGGGUUUUUAUGAUGAGGUGGCCAGACCGUUACUUUCAGACAUCCAGCUGUCUUACUUGGAUGAUCAGGCGUUUGAUGUCACCUGCUCACUGUUUCCAAACUACUUCCAGGGGUCUGAACUGGUCGUGGCAGGGAGGGUUAAACCAGGGAUCAGAGAUUUAAAGGUCUCAGUGUCAGCGUCUGACUCAAAGCAGCGCAUCAAAUUGGAAAAUGACUUAUUUACUUCCCACAACAAAGGAAAUGGGAGUAUAGACUGUUUAGGAAGUUUAGAAGGGAUCUCCAGCUUUGUUCAUCGUCUCUGGGCCUAUUUCACCAUCAAAGAGCUGUUACUGGCAAAACUUAAUACCACUGACCCUGCAACUCAAAGGUUAUUGGCAGACAAAGCCACCAACCUCUCCCUUAAAUAUAAUUUUGUAACACCAGUCACCUCUUUAGUUGUUCUUAAGCCAGAUGCAGAUGAAACAACCCAAACUCCAACCACUGCAAAACCCACAACUACUGCUACAACAACCACAACAGGGACAACCACCAUCACCAACAAAAUAUCUGCUGCUGGAUCUGCAAAGAAAUCCAGCUCCCCAUCUAAGUCCAGGCCAGUCAAAUCAAAACCAGACCCACCUCAGUCACCUCCAAAUACCCCGAAGCUUAAAAAAAAUCCACUGCCAGCUUCCACAGUAGAAACGAUGGCUUCGCCAUCCAAGAAAACAACCACAACAUCAAGUCCCAUCAAAACUGCCUCAGGACCGAUUUCUGGAAAAAAGCUCUCUGUUUCCCAAAGCGAUUCUAAAACGGCCUCUCCUCCUCCGGCUGGGAAGAAAUCAACCUCUCUGCUCGAUGCUCUGAAAGCAGCACAGCCUCCUGCACCUGGAAAAGUUUCCAACCAUGUACCCAAUGUCAUGAAAACAACCACAGCUAUGUUAACAUUCCCCACAGUCACCUCACAGCCCAUCAGUCCAUCCAGAACCGAUCCUGCAGCCCUGCCUGGAAAAGCAUCAACCCAGCAGUCUGGUCCUGCUCGGACGGGGACGUCCUUGGAGGUAGAGAACAGCACUUCAUCUGCUCCAGACCUUCUUCAGCCUAAAUCCACCUCUGCCCCACUCAAGUCAUCAUCUACACUCAGCAAUCCCACCCCGACACCUGCUCGAGUCCUGGAAGACAACAAUAUAAACCUGGAUGUCAACACAGACCUAAAAAUCGCCACCUUGGUGUCGGCUACCUUUGCUCCUAUGCCUGGAAUAACAGAUGGAUCGAGAUUGUGGGAAGCGGCUGGCCUUCUGGAUGUUUCUACUUCUAUCCAGGUUCAGCAGAAAGAUAUUGACUUUGGAAAGGACUAUGAUGCAACUUAUGACUAUGACUACGAUUUCACCUAUACACUGGACAUAGAGGACGAUGGGUCAUAUGAAUCUCCAUCCAGACAGAGCACUGUGGGGGUCUACCCAUCAGUUGAUGGAGAUCCUCAUUUUGUCAUCAAACUUCCGAAGCUGCAGCAGAACCUGUGCUUCACAGUAGACGGCCGAGCAAACAAUGUUGUCCGACUGUUGGAGGACCCAGAGCAAGGGAUCAUUGUUGAUGGCCACCUGAUGGGAGCUCCUUCCAAACAGGGAGCAGAAGGCCGCUCUCGUACCUACUUUGACCAGCUCACAAUCUCCUCAGCCACUGGAGGCUCCGGUGACUUCAUGAUCACACUGUCUCUGGAUGCUGUGGUGGUGGAAGGUGAAGGACGGGACACCCUACCUGUCAAUCAGCAGGGAUCUGUGACGAGGCAGGGGGUGACCGUCACUGUGGACAACCAUCAGAGCUGCUGGAUCCAGUUGGCCAGGGGUGUGCAGUUCCUCAUCCUGUUCCACUACUACAAACACCCCAGCUACCUGCAGAUGGCUCACCUAGGGUUUUACAUCACAGAUGGACGGGGACUUUCAGUCACAACCCAAGGUUUGCUGGGUCAGUUUCAGCACGCGGACAUGAGCGUAACGGUGACAAAUGAUCAUUUGGAUGGAAGUGAUCAUCCAGCAAAGAAGGAGGAGAUCAUAGCGAGGGGGGUCCUCACGUGGGGAUCAGAGCUGAUACCAGUAACCCUGCAGGAGAAGAUGCUGAAAGACUCACAGCAAAAACACCACCUUGGCAGAUGUUGGGUGGUGCCAAAGGCGGAGAUCGAGAGACUGCUGGGUCACUCCUACGAGAGCUAUGUGGUGAACCAUGUGGAACUGUAGCUGAGUCAGCUCUCCAUUUUCAUUAGGAUGCUUAUCAAAGGAUGAAGCUGAAAUAAAACAUGAGAUUCAAUCAGGAGGACAGAGUUCUGUAAAACAGGGGAAACUGGCUGUUUAGAGGCUGACAUGAAGGCUGCAGGAAGCUGCUCCAUUGUAAGAUGGAGUUUCUGUUCUCUUCUCCACAGACUGCAGUGAAUCUGUGUUUUUUAUUCGUCACAGAGACAUGAUGUUCUGCUGGUCGCAUGGCAACCAGAAAAGGUUCAUCCAUGCUGCAGCUCCAAAACAUCUUCAAUACACACCGUGCUCACAAGCUUUUUACAGGAUUACUUUAUAUGCCAUUAACCAGAAUAUUCUGUAAUUAGUAAAUCUUUAUUAUUCUGUAAGUUUAGUACAAAUGUAAAUAAAACAUUAGAAAAUGUUUUUUUAGAAGAAAAAUGUUAAAGAAUGAUUAGAUGAUUGUUUUAAAAAUCAUAAAAUGUCUGAAGUCAAGCUUUGAAUGAGAAGUUUUAAUGGUAUCACUAGAUUGAAAAUGGAAGAAGCUGAAAAUCACUGAAGAUGAUUUAAACAUUUAAAUCUAUGUUAGAAAUUUAUUGAAAAAUAUUUAAUAAUUUUAAUAUUAUAACAUGUGAAAAAGCUGAUUGACAGUAUUAAUCUCAUUGUUUAGGCAUUUGAAUCAUUUCAAUAUUUCCAAAUAUGUUAAAGUAAUUGUGUAAUUGUGCCUGUGUGUGUGUGUGUGUGUGUGUGUGUGUGUGUGUGUGUGUGUGUGUGUGUGUGUGUGUGUGUGUGUGUGUGUGUGCAUGAACAGUGUGACAUCCUUGGUUGAUGUUGUUAUGACCUACUGAAGUCUAAAUUAAAAAAAAAAAAGAAGCUUCAAUCAAUGAUGUGGAGACCAGAUUUGCCAAAGGAAAUCAUCAUAUGCUUCUAUAUAUUGAGCAGGACCUGUGAGUUCAUAUAUUUUUAUCUCCUGAGCAGACCUAUGAGUUCAUGUUUAUACACACUGAACAGGACCUGUGAGUUCAGAUAUUUUUAUCUCCUGAGCAGACCUAUGAGUUCAUGUUUAUACACACUGAACAGGACCUGUGAGUUCAGAUAUUUUUAUGUCCUGAACAGGACCUGAGAGUUAUUCAGCGUCGUCAUGGCGAUAAAAGUGCAGGAUUCUGUGUCAGGCUGAAAAAGCCCUGAAACUAGCCUUCAGCCUCGUCAUUAUGUAAAAUAACCAUAACGCCUGCUGUGACAAGUUUCACAUCGUAGGAACUACAAGGCUUUACCAAACAGACCAAUGAAGUCAUUUGUUUCUGUUUAAAAAAUGUUGAAAUUACAGCAAGUUUAAAAAAGGUGCUUUGGAGAGAGAUCAUUCAGGUUUGGAUUCUGAUUCAUUCAGAUUAAUGUUGACUCCUAUUGAGCUGAUGGUGGAUUAUUCUUGGUUUCUGAGGCUCCUGGGACAAAAUGUUUAAGUCUAAUGGUUAUGAAAUUUACAGUGGCAGAGAGUGUUUUGAUGGUUAAAUUCUCCUUGUACUCCACACACU